ACGGCAGCGGACACACAGGUGCAAACACCGGAGGACCUUUUUGAGCUGAUGCUUCCCGCCAUCACCAUGGAAACGGAGGCCAGUCAUAUGCUGGAGGCUGCACUGGAGCAGAUGGACGACAUCAUCGCAGGUUCCAAAGCGGCGGAGUUUUCCAGCAGCGCGUAUGAGCCGCCCUCCCCACUCGGCGCGGCUCCUCUGCAGGUCGUGCAGUUGGCCGGACUGAGAGUCGCCCUGGAGCUCCGACCCGACCGGGACGAGAGAGCCGGCCUCAGAGCUCAGCUACCUCGGGCGACGGCACAGAUCCUCGUAGACUGGCUGCAGAGUGGAACUGUGGACUUCUGUUCUCCAGCCAACAAUGAAAGCUGCCAGGAACGACUUCUCCGCCUAGAAGGGGACAAGGAGUCUCUGGUGCUACAGGUGAGCGUCCUGACUGACCAGGUGGAGGCCCAGGGAGAGAAGAUCCGAGACCUGGAGAGCUGUCUGGAGGAGCACCGGAAGAAACUGGCUUCCACUGAAGAGAUGCUGCAACAGGAGCUGAUGAGCAGGAGCUCUCUGGAGUCCCAGAAGCUGGACCUGAUGGACGAGAUGUCCCACCUCAAACUGGAGCUGGUCAGCGUGGAGAGGACGCACACCGACGCCCCGCCACAGGACCCCGCGGACGCCCAGCAGAACAAGGCCGAGUGUGUGGUGAAUUUCAUCAGCGAGCUUCAGGAGCAGAUGUGCAGGUUUCAGGAGGAGAUCAGCACUCGCAUCCAGGAGAAACGGGCCCUGGAGGAGAGGGAGUCCCGGCGGGGGGAGGCCGGGGGCGGCCUGAGCCAGGCCGGGUUAGCCGGCUCGGACCGGAGGGAGCGCCACGGAGGAGAGACUGUACACGAUUUGCUACAAGAAGUGAAGCAGCUGAGGAGCAGAUUGGAGGAAGUGGAGGGAGAGAAGGAGCAGUCUGAGAGGAGACUGAGAGCCACUAAGCUGUCCAGCUCGCACUCUCUCCGCGCGUGUUACCAGUCGCUCGUGACCCAGCUGUCCAGCCUCCGGCUGACGGUGGAGCGCACGCAGUCGGAGAAGCGGCGCUGGGAGGAGCGCUGGCGCGGCGCGCAGGCGCAGAUAUCGGAGCUGCAGCAGCUUGUGGCGACAAAAGACGCCGAGAUCGAAUGUCUGCAGACCCAGCUGCUGGCCCGGGGCGGCUCAGCCAAUGACAACGCGGAGAGAGAAGAGGUGUAUAUCAAGCAGCUGAUUAACAAAUACCAGGAAUACCAGAGGCUGAAGGUGGGGAUGGAGUCGUUGUUAUCUUCAAACGAGGAAAAGGACCGACGCAUAGAGAAGCUGACCGUCCUGCUCGGCCAGUACAGGAGGAUGAGGGACGCCAUGGCGCUCACGCAGGGGAGCAGCGAGGAGGAGCUGGACGGCGGUCUGCGGCCCGGAGCCCUCGCGCUCAAAGCGCCGUCUGAUUGCGGCCGGUCAGAGAUGUCAUCCAGAGGCUCGUCUCCACUGAUGCUGUCUUCCUCGCCCUACCUGAGAGAAUCGGACUCCAGCCUCCGGAACUCGGCGAACACUGCGCAGGCGUCCACCGGGGACGCCGGCUUCCUCAACGGCCCGUGGCAUCGCUGCAGGUUGCUGUCCAGCAGCCUGGAGGAGCUGCAGAGUGGCUCCUUCCAAAAGGCUGUACAGAUCCAGCCCCUUGAAAGUGAAUCAGACACAAGGGCAGAGGAUGCUCAGGUGGAGGCGAGCAAGUACCAGACUCUACCCGGGAAACUGAAAGGUAAAAACAGAGAGCCGAGAGCCGAGCUGAAAGGAGACCGAGGGCCAGACGGACACUAUUUGUCUUCUGACCAGGACCAGGACCAGGACUACAGUCUCAUCCGGUGCAGGAGUGCCAGCGCUCCGGCUUUAGGGCAUCCAGAAAGGCCGGAGGAGUGUCUUCAGUCGGACCAGUCUGCCCUGUCUUCUGGAGUGGACUCUGGGCAGCAGUCCCCCGUCUCACCGGAGGGCAGGAAGAGCCACAGGGGCAUUAAGAAGUUGUGGGGAAAGAUCCGUCGCAGCCAGUCGGGCAGUCCGGCCCAAGUCCACGACCCCGAGCUGGGCGAGCUCAGGAGGGGGGGCUUCAGAGCCACAGCUGGACCGAGACUGGCCCGUCCGGGGAACACACGAGACCUGAAGGGGCCUUUUUCUAAGUGGAGCACAGAGCAGGUGUGCGGCUGGCUGGAGGAAAUUGGACUGGGCCAGUACGGCCUCCUCGCUUGCCACUGGGUCACCAGCGGUGAAACCCUGCUGUCGGCCACCCUGCAGGACCUCGAGAAGGAGCUGGCGAUGAAGAACCCGCUCCACAGGAAGAAGCUCCAGUUGGCCAUCAAGGCGUUCGGCAGUGGGCGGCCGGAGAAGUCUGCGGAGCUCGGCUACAUCUGGGCCACACGUUGGCUCGAUGACAUCGGACUCCCUCAGUACAAGGACCAAUUCAACGAAGGAAGGGUUGAUGGGCAGAUGCUGCGUUACCUCACGGUGAGCGACCUGCUCUUCCUCAAAGUGACCAGCCAGCUGCAUCACCUCAGCAUCAAGUGUGCCAUCCGCGUUCUCCACCUCAACAAGUUCAACUCCAACUGCCUCAAGCGCCGGCCCGGCAACGAGAACCAAUACACCCCCAGUGAGGUGGUGCAGUGGUCCAACCACCGGGUGAUGGAGUGGCUGAGAUCCGUGGAUCUGGCAGAGUACGCACCGAACCUGAGGGGCAGCGGCGUGCACGGAGGGCUGCUGAUGCUGGAGCCUCGCUUCAACUCCGACACGCUGGCCAUGCUGCUCAACAUCCCCCCUCAGAAAACGCUGCUGAGACGCCACCUCGCCACCAACUUCAGCAGCCUGGUGGGAGAACAGGCUCACCGGGAGAAGAGGGAGUACGCGGAGGAAGCGGGUUACGCCCCGCUCAGCAUCACGGCUAAAGUCAAGCCCAAAAAGUCGGGCCUCUCUAACUUGACCCACCUCAGGAGGAGGCGGGCGGAGGAAUCCACGGACUACGUCUGUCCAAUCGAGUCGUCCUCGCCUCCGUCGGGACGGCCCGCAGCGAACGGGGGUCAGGCGGCGCGGCCCCACUCCGGCUUCCGAUCCCUGAGCCCCAUCCUGGACGGGGAGCCCGACCGCUCCGGGCACCAGAAGGCGAUCACAAAGGGUACCAUGUUGCAAAUAGAAGCUCUCUCUGAAAGCAUCAACAACCUCACAUACCUGCUGAGCCGGGACGAGCUGCAGAAGGAGCGGAGGCGCUCUGCGAUGGCUAGUUUGAAGGACAAUGACCUGAUGCUGUCGGCUCACUAAUGCUGUCAAUAAACCGCUUCAACCCUAAAGUGACCCUCGAGCGCUGGAGCUGCUCAAACCUCACAGAGUCCCUCUGAAGUCCCUCUGUUCUGGACUCAGGAGCACCAGUGGAAACCAUCAUCACGGAAUGAUAAUAACGGAAAUCUUUGUUUAAUUUUGAACAAUAACUAAAGUGUCACUCAUUGGCCCUUUGGGGUAUUUGUUUUACUGCUUCCUUUGUUUAUCUAUGCAAUGUGCCCUCAAAAGAUCGUGCAUGCUUGUAUAUGAAUGGGAGGAACGGGACACGUCUCCUGCGUGCAUGUGAUAUGCAGAAAGGCUGAUCAAACACAGGAGCCAAGGUCACAGAGGGAGCUUCAGCCACCGACACUUGGGUUCCUCAGGAGGAUCCCAUUGAAAUCUAGAGACACCACCUUCGUGUCUUCACAAAAGGCCGACGCAUCAGAGGAAGAAGAUGAUUCCUCUGGAAUCUGGUUGAUGGUGACCUGAAUUCUCCACUGUCCAUAGGCAGGAUUAAGAAGUAUAAAUGUAGAACUUCUAACCGAGCACCAAUGGUAAUAGUGCCGUCGUUGGAGCUUUGCUUUGUUUAAUACCUAGCGUGAAAUUAAGUCAUUGACAUCGAUAGAAUUAUUAAUAAUCACUUAGAGAAUUAAACAAAUGUGUAAGAUAAGGGGCAGAUGUGAGUGAGGAACGACCACACGGCCGUGUUCCUCGCGUAGUUAAACCUCUGUCUGUAGGUAAGUCUAUAUGUGGUUACUAAAUGAUGAUCUCACUGAUGAGGUUUGGUCCGGGAAGCGUUGGGCUGGAGAGGCCGAUCCCCUGACAGCCUGAUUCCUUAAUCCUAUCGUUUGACGCAGCCAAAGCGUAAAAAGAGUUGGUUGGAGAUGCUACAGUCUUCACCUUUCGCCGACCAGUCGGCUCGCAGAGGAAAGGUUACCGGAGACUUAACCUGUCAGGUGAGUCGAUUAGGAAAGAAGGUUUUCAGAGAGGCGGUUUCUCAUUGACUCAGUCCCGAGCAGAGGGACCCUGUGGUGUCUGUGACUUGACCGAUCGGACCUCAGGGCUGUUUCACAGAGAAAUCAAACACAUAGCGUUUUAUGUCUCGGAGCAGCGAUGCAUUCCACGACUCAGCCUGGGUUUGUGUGCUAUGAUGGGUAACCAGCUACCAUCGAGCUCGUUUGGGGACGGUGACACCGUUACAUAAUCCGUUCACUGAAAACACGUACUUCUCUUUGAUGCGAGGCUGAAUGAUUAAGGCACUGUCACUGUUUGUACCUUAAAAGUGGAUCAAAUAAAGUAGAGAAUCAAUCCAAUUAAACACACUUGACAUCCUCAGACCUGAAACCCUCACAUUGGCACAGGACAAACUCCCCCAUAUCGGAAAUGGAAGAAACCUUAGGGAACGGCAGAGACAAAGGAAGCGGAGUCGGUGAGAGACAAUUAGGUGUCAGAUACCUUUAUUAAAUUCAGUACAUUUACAUCUUUGUAUUUGUUACAUUUUAUUUUACAGUGUCAAGAAAACACAAUUUAGGUCGAGUCGGAUGUUGCCUCACACAUAAGGGUGAUACCAGUCGCCUCCACACAGUGAGACACACAUUAAUGAACAACAGCAUCUGAACAGUGUUGCUCUCGGUACUGACAAAGGUCUAGCGGGAUGAACGCACAGAGAAUGCUCACUCAUCUGCGGCGUUUUCCUUUUGCAUGGAGAAGGGGUCAAAAGGAGGAUGUAUGUGUUGUAAAAACUGCAAUAAUGUCAAUGAUAGUCAGCAGAGCUGUUAAGACUCCAGACUGUCUGAACUCUCUGAUUACAAUGAUAACUGUGUGCGUCACGUCAGCUCCAAGGUCAUGGGGUAAAACGUAGGUCCUCGGAUAAAGAACAUGUCGGUCCAUAUCCAUGGCCAAUUACGGGCACUCGGUGAUGCACAAAGCUCUUUGAGUUGCUUUGAUGCAUGACAUGUCUGUCGAUUCUGUCUCCUACUUGUAUCAUUUAAUAAAUGUCCUGUAUAAUGAUC